AUGGAUUCUGAGGAUGACGAGGCGGACUCGGAAGAAGACUCUGCGGAGGACGACGCACUCGCCGAAGCUGUCUGCGAGGGCAUGGAAGAAGCAGGGGAUGAGGACGCUUCCGUGCUCAUCGAGAAGUCUGAAGAUGUGUUGGUGGCCGAGGAGCUAUCUGAGCUCGCCGUCCCGCUGGUAGUUGUCGUCGCGCUUUCGGUGCUUGGUGAAGAGGAUGGGGGAGGAGAAGACGUGCCCCCAAAGGCCCACCCGCUCGCCAUAGGGAUACUCGGGCCAUAG